AUGUAUUUGGCUACUGCACCGAUCAACACGCACGGAUACAGCGUCCAGCCGCAGGCGCCGGGUUCACCGGCAGGGGAAAAAGGAAGCAAGCCACAAGUCUCGUCUUUCCCGACGCGCGAGGUGAAGUCGGGAAGGCACGAUCCUCUCGGUGGUGUUGCGGCUCUGAGUGCAGGAGACGACGUCAGCUGA